AUGAACCGCCUUACUAAAGCUGUUUUUGUUGCAACUCUCACUGUUGCCCUCAUUGCCUCUUAUGCUGCUGCCACCAUCACUGUCGUCACUCCGACAAGGCCAUUAUUUAUCGGUGUCUCAUAUUUUAUCACCUGGAGCGUGAGUGAUCCUGCACCCACAACUUUAGGCAUUAUUGAUAUACGUAACACGGACAACAAUAAUAUCACCAUGAUAGACGACAAGGCAAAUCUUACCAACCCCACUCACAAUAAAGCAUGGGUAGUUAACGUUAUACCCGGCAACUAUUUCUUUGAGAUUAAUGAUGGUAGCGCUACUGUAAACUCUGGUAUAUUCCAAGUUAUUGAUCGCAACUCUUCUUCUUCGGAUGUCCCUGCCCCUACUGGAGGCAACACUGGAGCUGCUACUACGCCUGCUUCUCCUACCACUACUGGAGGUAACACUGGAGCCACAACCGCUGCUACUACUACUACGCCAUCCAAAAGCGGGGCGUCAAUUCUAAGAUCCAAUUUAAUAGGUUUAUUCGUCGGUCUUGGAGUAGUGGCUUUGGUGAUGAUUCAGCUUUUCUAA